AUGACUAUUUCUAUCAUUUAAAUCCUUUUCGCCUUGCUUGUUAUUUCAAAAUCAUAAUGGCAUUCAAAGACUCAACUCCUAUACUAUGAUAAGAUAUUUACCUCAACUCCUGAUAGAUAUAAUGAAUUUUGGUAAUAUUGGCAUUUUACAUUGUCGUCAGGCUCAACACCUGCAAAUUUUAUCGAUUGCACAACUCCUACCACAAGCUACAUCACUUUAAAUAAUGCAUAAGCAACUGCUAAAUAUAACGAAAGUUGCACUUACGAUGUUGGAGAUUAUGUGUCUAUAGAUUUAUUUUUUCAUGGUACAUGGUUAUCUUAAAAUGUUUAAUUUACUAUAGGAACAUUUUCAAAAACAUAUACCUACACUUCACCUGCAAAUUAUCCAAUGACAACUGGUUUUUGCAAUACCAUUCCUUUUGAAGUCAAAACUUGGAAAUUUGCAAUACCAAGUUUAUAAUCAGGUUAUCCCUAAUUUAAAUCCCUAAAUACUAAUUCAGGUUAAGUUUCAAUAAGAAAUUUUGUUACCUCUUCUAUAUUUUUUAUAUGCUAUCCAUCAUGUAGUGAUUGCACAGGUCCUUAAUUUAACCAAUGCACUAGUUGCUAUGAAGGUACACUUAUAAAUAACAUUUGUCCUUCUUGUCCAUCUAAUUAAUAUUAUGAAAAAUACUCAGGGUGCAAAGAUAUUUGUGAUAUAGAUUAAUCAUUUUAUUCAAAUGGAUUUUGUAAUAGAUUUACAAAUAGAAUAAUAGAAAGUGCUCAAAUUGGUAAUAGGUAUUCAGAUUUAUAAUGGUUUGAAUUAUAUGAUCCAUAAAAUAUUGACACCUCCCCAAAAUUAAUACUUAUUAAAUACUUAUUUGGUAUAUUUAAAUUUAACUCAGGCUUCUAUAGAUUUUUUCCGUAAUAUCCUUUACUCUACUGGAUAUCACUCAUUUUGGAUUUAAAAUUAUAAUUGUUGCAUUUAAUGACAUUCCAAUUAAUUGUGGAAUUAAGGUCUAUUUAUAAAAAUGUAUCCGGAAUUCAAACGCAUAAAUUCAAAAUCUAUUAAACUUAAUUAUCUAGUUCGUAUUUAACCUAUUCAUCAAGCAAAACUUAUGUCUUAAUUACAUAUUUUAACAUUCCAAAAUAUCCAUUUUUAUUUUCAGCAACAGGAAAUUAUACCGAUAAUACAGCUGGAUGGGCAAUCUAGAAAAUCGAAAUUACUUCAGGAUUUUGCCAUGAAGAUUGCGUAUUUUGUGAAGUAUCAUUUAAAUGUAAGACUUGUAAAAGUGGUUACUAUUUUUAUCGAGAUGGUAGAUGCAUAGAGGAUUGCAUAUCUCCUUAUUAGAGAUUGAGUGGUUAUUAUUGCUAUGAUUAUGCUGAUGAAACACCUUACUCUUAAUAUUUGGUUUAAGAAUAUCUAGAUUUAGCAGGUGAUCCAGAAUAAUAUGCAAAAUAUACAUUAAUCUCUCAAAAUGGAUUGAACUUUUUAAGAGGUUCAGAUAUCUAUUAUUCAUAUUGGUAAGGAUUUAGAGUCUUUGGAGGACCUUUUGUAUGGGCAUAAGCUAAAUUCUAAAGGGUUCAUAAUAUAAUCAAUCCACAUCACAGUGUUACUAUUGCAUUUUAUAUUUUAUAUGGACCUUCAUUCCCUUCAGAUGGGAAGUUUAUAUAUACAAUUGAGAGUGAUACACCAGUCACUAAAUCAACUGCAGAAUAUUAUUUAUCUGAUUAUGAUGGUACAAAAUAGGAUAAAGUAUAUGAAAGAGUCAAACAUAAUGCAAAUACAUUAACAAUAACUUGGGAAUGCUUUGGUCCAAAUAAUGAACCAAUCAAGGCAUAUUGUGCAUACUAUAAUUAUUAUAUUGCUGUUCAUAAUUGCUAACCUUAUUGUUUAUAAUGUUCAGAUUAAUCUACAUGUACUUAAUGGAACAGCACUUAUGAUUCUAAUAUAGUUUAAUUUUCUUAAGCAGAAUGCUAGAGUGAUCAAUAUUAUGAUAAAGAAUCUAUAAGAUGUUUAACUUGUCCAUCAUCUUGUUUAACUUGUACAUCUUAAUUAGAUUGUUAAACAUGUUAACCAACUUAUACCUAAUCUAAAUUAGGAUGUUUCUGCAAAGUGAACUAAUAUGAAGAUUCAAAUUAAUGUUAUAAUUGUCCUAUUGAAUGUAAUUAAUGUUUAAGUUCUACUUAUUGUAUAGAAUGCUUGACUACUAAUAAUAGAAAAUUGUCAAAUGCGUAAUGUAAUUGUAUUGAUGGAUAUUAUCCAAUUAUUUCUGAUCCUAAAUGUUAGCUAUGUCAUUAAUUUUGUAAAACUUGUACUGGACCAACAUCUGAUGACUGUUUAACAUGCAAUGAUAUUCCUAAUAUUGAAAAAGUAGGAUCAACGUGUAGAUGUCCAACAGGGAUGUCUUAUUAAUUUGCAACAUAAACUUGUUCAUCUUGUCAUUCAUCAUGCUUAACUUGCUUUAGAACCACAAUUGAUGGCUGUUUAACAUGUAAUUCUACUUUAAAUAGAUUAUUAAAAGGGUUAAAAUGUGUUUGUGCACCUGGUUAUUAUGAAUUAAGUAAUGUUUGUACAAAUUGUCCAACUACAGAAGAUCCAUCUCUUAGUGAAUGUUAUAAAUUGUGUAAUAAUAAUUAGUUGAUAUGGCAUACAAUAACUUGUAGUUCUUGUGAUACUGGAUUUCAAUUAGUAUCUGGAGAAUGUCAACCUAUUUGUGGAGAUUUAUAAAUCAAAGGAUAUGAAUAAUGUGAAGAUAAUAAUACAAUCCUAAAUGACUUAUGCUAUAAUUGUUAAUUUCAAUGUCCAGCUUAUUGUGUAACUUGUGAUUCAUCAACUACUUUACCUUGUCCUGAUGUUUGUGGAGAUGGAAUCAUUACAGGAAUAGAAGAAUGUGAAGAUGGCAAUACCAUUGAAUAUGAUGGAUGUUUUAAUUGUAAAUAUUAAUGUUAACCUGCAUGUACUAUGUGUAUAAAAGGACAGUGUUUUGAGUGUGCAACUGGAGGUUGGUAUAUUGAUCCUUUAAUUACUCCUUGGUAAUGUAAAGAAAAAUGUGGAGAUGGGCUAAUAAUUGGCAGUGAAUAAUGUGAAGAUGGAAACACUUCUGAUACUGAUGGGUGCAAAGAUUGUAAGUACUUCUGCAGAAUUGGCUGUUCAUCUUGUGAUUAUACAACCAACACAUGCUUAAGUUGUGCACUCCCUGGGUUUGUUCCUAAAUCUUACUAUUGUUAAAAUGUAUGUGGAGACGGCUUAGCCGUAGUUGAUCCUUCAGGAGUCAAUUCAGAGCAAUGUGAUGAUGGCAAUAAAUUAAGUUAUGAUGGUUGCAGUAGCUCUUGUUAAUUUUAGUGUUAGUCAAUAACUAUUUGCAUAAAUUGCGUAAAUAAUAGAUGUGAAGAAUGCGCUACUGGAUAUUAUCUUUCUGAUAAAAAAAUAUGUAUACCAAUUUGUGGAGAUGCUUUGAUUGUGGUUGGUGAAUAAUGUGAGAAUUCUUCUAUAUUACCAUAUAAAGGUUGUAAUAAUUGUUAAGCAAGAUGUUAACCUUCUUGUCUCACUUGUAGUACAACUGGACUUGGCUGUCUAUAAAUAAUUGAUAAUUUAUGUUAUUCAAUUUGUGGUGAUAAAACAAUAACUUAAGAUGAAUAAUGUGAUGAUGGUAAUUUUAUUAUUGGAGACGGAUGCCAUCUUUGUCAAUUUAGUUGUUAGGACUCUUGUCUUUAUUGUCUUUAAGGAAUCUGUUAUAAUUGUUAAGAAGGUUAUUAAUUAAUAUAAUCUAAAUGUUACUCUAUCUGUGGAGAUGGUCUUUAGAAAAAUAAUGAAUAAUGUGAUUAAUAGAUAAAAAUUCAAGAUAGUAUAAAAUUGAAUUAAAAUUGUGAUGUUAAUUGCAUAAGUUGUUUAGAAGGGAUAUGUGGUUUAUGUUCAUAAGGAAAUUAUUUAUUCAAAAAUUAAUGCAAUUCAAAUCAUAUAACAGUUAUAUUUGUUGGUAAUGAUGAUUUAAAUGUAUGUGGGGAUUCUAAAAUUAUGGAUAAUGAAGAAUGUGAAGAUAAUAAUCUUAAUCCAUUUGAUGGAUGUUAUAAUUGUGAAUGUUAAUGUGAUAUCAAUUGCGUGGAUUGGUUAAUUUGGAAACUGCAAGGGAUGUUUUCUUGGUUUUUUAAAUGUGGAGAUGGCAUAGUGGUUCCAUUUUCAAAUGAAUAAUGUGAUGAUGAUAAUGAGGGGUGUAUUAAUUGUCAAUUUAAGUGUAAACCUUAUUGUAGUAAAUGUGAUUUACAAUAUUGUAUUUAAUGCUAAAUAGGACUUUUGCCUUUAGAUAACUUUUGUAUUUCUAUUUGCGGAGAUGGAAUUGUAAUUAAUGAAUAUGAAGAAUGUGAUGAUUCAAAUGAAUUACCAUUUGAUGGGUGUUAUGAAUGCAAAUUUUAAUGUACAUUACAUUGUCAAAUAUGCAACAAAGGGGAAUGUCUUAAAUGCAAUAAUGAUUAUGCCCUAUCAAAUAACAAAUGUUUGUUAAAUACAGAAUAAGACGAUCUUAAUUCUUUUAAUAACAAUACAAGUUAUGGUUAAAAUCCUGAAUGGUUGUCAUUAAAUGAUGAUAUGAUAUGCAGAGGAUAUGAAUGUGUAUAUUCUAAAAAACCUCGUAUGAAACUUACUUAUAAAACGUAAUCCUUUGCUCUAUAGUAUGUUGAAAUUACUUUUGAUCAAGAAGUCAAAUUUAUUGAUGAGGUUUAAAAAGACAAAAAUCUAUUUAACAUAAGCAUUAAGGACUUAGAUUCUCAGUAUUAUAAUAUCAAAAUCAAUUCAAUUUAAGAUAUCUCAUUUGAUCUUUAACAUGCUUAGUAUUAGGUUUAAGUUGAAUUAUUUUUACAGCUUUAAACAAAACCAGUUCUUUUAGUUUAGUUGAAUCAAGAAAUUAUUAAUGGAAAUAAUUAAACUCUUUUUAAUAGUAAUUAAUCAAUUACUCUAUAAACACCAAAAAUAAUGUCUGAAUAACUCAAAUAAGUAUCUAAUUAUGCCUAAUAAUCGAAUAAAGCAUUCAUGAUCGGAGCAAUAUUAAUUUGUAUAAUAUCUUUAGUUUCUGGUGAAAGUUCUUUUGUUGUUGAAACCUUGAAUUUAUUGUAAUAUCAAUCUUUUUUAAGAUUUAUUAAUGUUGAGUAUCCUGAAAACCUCUACAUAUAUUUUUAGGCAUAAGAAUUGCUAUCUAUAUCAUCUUAUUUAUAACUUUUUUAAAUUGAUGAUUAUUUAAAUUUAAUAACAAGAAAAGAAAAAUAAAUUGAUCUUAAUGGAAAAUUUUAAUAAUAUAAUGUAGAAGCUGAUCUUUUUACCAAUAUUUUACCCCAAUUAAUUUAAUUUUUAGUAUUGGUAACACUACUUUAUUUUGCAGAAAAUCUAUAUAAUAUACUUUUUAGAUUAAUUAAAUACUUGAGACAUCUUAAACAUCAAAAAACACUAUUAUCAAAGAUUUUAUUGCAAAUGAUUAAUUUACUAUUAAUUUUUAAAAAUGCUUCAAAUCUUUGA